UGUAGAGAGCUUGUCAUCUGAUCAGUCACCGACCAAUCAGUGAUCAGCUGAUGGCGCAGAUAAUGCUGUUGUAAACUGUUUAUAUGCGGAGCUGCAGCUGCUGCCUUCCAGUCGCUAACAUUACAACGUUUUCCAGCAAUAUGGCCACGGUAAAUACUGGCGGAGUUUGGGACUCGGUGAAGAAAGCAGCCUUUGUCAUUGGAUCUGGGCUUUUCUUCAUGGUCGCGUUUAGGAACUCAGUGAUGUGGCAUUUGCAGAAGUUUUGGGGAGCAUCUGGAGAUUUCUGGCAGACACAAUGGACUAAACUUUACAUAGCCUUUGAUGGAAAUGAGACGGCCUUGUUUUUUAUUGGGACCAUGUUGGUACCCACUCUCUCUUUUUGGUUGUUUAAUGCCUUCUUGAUGGUGGUUGACACAACUGGGAAACCCAACUUUAUCACUCGCUAUAGGAUCCAGGCGGACAAAAACAAUCCGGUGGAUUCGACCCGGUUGCGACAUGCAGUGAAGACGGUGCUUUUCAACCAGAUUUUUUUGUCAGCACCUCUGGUAGUACUGACUUACAUGGUGAUGAAAUGGCGUGGUGACCCGUGUGGUCCUGAGCUGCCCACUUUUCACUUGGUUUUGAUCGAGUUGGCACUCUGUGGGCUCAUGGAAGAGAUUCUGUUUUACUACACUCACAGACUCGUUCACCACCCUUCACUUUAUAAGAGAAUCCACAAGAUACAUCACGAGUGGACGGCACCUGUUGGAGUUGUGGCGCUCUAUGCACAUCCAGUGGAGCACGUGUUGUCAAACAUGCUGCCCGCUCUGAUUGGUCCAGUUCUGCUAGCCUCACAUCUGGCCACCACAAGCCUCUGGUUCACCAUCGCUCUACUGGUAACUACAGUCUCACACUGCGGUUAUCAUCUGCCCCUACUGCCCUCGCCAGAGUUUCACGACUUUCACCACCUCAAAUUCAAUCAGUGCUACGGAGUGCUUGGUGUGCUGGACAGACUUCACGGGACAGAUGACAAGUUUCGUAAUUCAAAGGCGUAUGAGCGACACAUUGUACUACUGAGUCUGACCCCACUGAACGAGAGCAUCCCCGAGGAGACGAAGAAAUCAAAAGAUUGACCUGUGAAUUCAACAAGCAAGUGUGUUUGUGCUUUCACCUUUGGACGUGUACAGAUGUAGUCUCAAACUCUUCUGCCAACAUCAGCAUGUAUAAUUGUAAUAAAUCUGAAUUAUUAAUGUCAGUAUGGACGCACAGUACAGAAUUUUUAUUGCUGUAUUAAAGUGAAACAAAUGUUGGUUUUUAUUAAUAUUGUCAGGACGAAGUAAAUUUCAGUCCAAAAUAGCUCUGUUGAUUUUGCACUGUCAUUGUAUGAGUUUAGAGUUCACUUUUUGCACUCGAAUGACCUGCUGUCAUGAAUACCAUCAGUUCCUUCUGUUUUGAACCUGUGCACAAAGGAUGAAUCGCCUGUUUAAUUCGUUGUGUCAUUUACUCUAACUUUUCUUACAGGGUUUGUGAAAAUCGUUUUUUUAACACUAAUAUAUUAAUGCUAUAUGUAUUCACCUAAAAAUUUGCAAUGAAAAUUAACAUGUGUAAAUAUAAUAAAUAAAUGCACCUGUCUGAAUAAAAUAUAAAAAUGA